AAUUUCUCUUACUAGGCAAUUUUCUUCUUGUUAGUUGAGCUCCAGAUAAUAGCAAACAAGAUCUAAACUUGGUGCGUGAGUGUGUCAAAACCGCCCAAACAAUCUUAAAAUGGCACAAUCAGCAGCAAAAGCGAUCUCAAGCCCGGUCCCGAUCGUUUGGUAUCCAUCGUUGGCUGUGCUCAUGCUCGCCGUUGGUCUCGUCAUCACCGCUUCUUUCUUCAUAUAUGAAGCAACUUCCUCCAGGAAAAGCCGCAGUCUUGCCAAAGAACUCGUAACAGGAGCUGUGGCUUCUGUCUUUUUGGGUUUUGGAACCUUAUUCUUGCUCCUUGCUUCAGGUGUUUAUAUUUAACUGUUUAGUAUGAUCUGAGUUUGGAUUUUUGUAUUACAAACAUAGUUAUUUGGGAUCUCCAGUUGUUUCCUUCUAAAUUACAACUUUUAGAACUACAUCAUAUGUUUUCUACUGAGUUGCCUGACUCAUCUAUUGGCACUAUAUCGAUAUGAACAUUUAGCA